AUGGCACAAACACAUUUUCCGUCCAGGGUGACCUCACCCACUAAGGAGCUUGCGAACUUCAGCGUUCUUUCUGGAGACAGGCAACUUAGAGUCGAGGACGUUCAAGAGGCGUAUAUAGAACAGAAAGACAGGUUGGUCAACGCCAUUGAUGCAACCAAGUCAAUCUUGCGCGAUGUACGGGCUUUCAACAAGGACGAAUGGAUCAUACGAUACCCUCAGUACAAGGAGGCGAUCGAAACUGUUUCUCCUCCUCCUACUGCCUCUCGAAGAAAGUCUCUCCGUCGUUCGUUGACUUUUGCAGACGACCCUGCGACAGAGACUGAAGUGGUUGUUAGGAAGAAAUUACAGCGAUCAGUCACGGUGUCGCCAAUUUCUGAGAACACAGAGGAAGAGGAGACUGACGAGGAUGCCACUUCUGACUUCAACGUACUCCGCCUUGACCUUCAACUCGGUCCAAAUUCGACGGUAACUUCCCUAGUCUCUCAACUUGAAAAGUCGUCCAUUGCCAAUUUAUUGGACGAACGUAUCGCUGCUUCCCUAUCACAUGUAGACAAGCUUCGACUUCGAGUUGAAGAUACUUCUUCGAAGGUCCUCGUUACUGGAGACCUCAAUGCCGGCAAAUCUACUUUUGUCAACGCAUUGCUUCGUAGAGAGGUUAUGCCCGUUGAUCAGCAGCCGUGUACCACCGCUUUCUGUGAGGUGCACGAUGCAGCCGAGAACCAGGGCGUCGAGGAAGUACACAUCAUAUCCCCAGGUGUUACUUACGACGUCAAUAACGAGUCCACCUUCACACGAGCUUCUCUAUCGGAAUUGGAAGAUAUCGUUGGUGAAAACGAGGACCAUGAGCGUAUUCUCAAAUUAUACCUCGCUGAUACUCGUACGCCCUCGGAAUCACUUCUCAAUAAUGGCGUUGUGGACAUCUCCCUCAUUGACGCUCCUGGUCUCAAUCGAGAUAGCUUAAAGACAACUGCGCUUUUUGCUCGCCAGGAAGAAAUUGAUGUGGUUGUAUUUGUUGUCUCGGCGGAGAACCACUUCACUCUUUCUGCUCGCGAAUUCCUCACCAACGCUAGUAAAGAGAAGGCUUAUCUGUUCAUUGUUGUCAAUAAAUUUGAACAAAUCAAGAACAAGGAGAAAUGUCGCAGGCUUGUUCUUGAACAAAUCCGACAACUUAGUCCUCGCACCCACGAGAAUGCUGAUGAUCUGGUCCACUUUGUCGAUUCCGCCGCCGCACUCCAGCCAUACACUGCGAACCCCACUUUCGAUGACCUCGAAUCCUCGUUGCGAUCCUUUGUGCUUGUUAAGCGCUCCAAGUCGAAACUGCAUCCAGUUUCUACUUAUCUUAACAAUCUUCUUGGAGACAUCGAAUUACUUGCCGGUGCAAAUUCCAUUGUUGCCAAUGCCGAACUUGACCAAGCGAGGGAAAGUCUGGCUCAGGUCAAGCCGGUGUUGGAGCGAAUGAAAAAUGGGCGGGAAUUACUAGAGGAGGGUCUGGAGACUUUGGAGGAGGAGGGAGCCAGUAGUGCCUCGUCCAGUUCAAAGGCUACGCUGACCCAAGCUCUUGAGCGUGUGGGGCAGGGAAAACUGGGAGUCGACAAACCUCUAAUUCCCUUGCCUUCCUAUCCCGGUAUUCUUGGGGUUUGGGACUACGCACGCGACGUCCGAAAAGCUCUUCUCGCCAGUCUCGACGCUGCCGUCGCACUUGCCGAAGAUGAAGUUAGGAAUAUCACUAGUGCGGGCGUCGACAGGAUCAAAGAGCUCGGUGAAGAGCAUCUUCCAGUUGGUGUUGAGCGCAACCGAAGGGUCUUCAUGCCUGAGGCAAUGUUCAGCACAAUCAGGAAGGCCAGCAAAGGACCUACCAAAAGUAGGAAGUCCUUGACCGUUGUCGCAGGUGGCGUACACGGUCUCGGCAUCGGUCUUGCUCAACGCAGCGAAAUGCUAGAGACUACUUUCUUUGAUCUUUUCGACGUUCAGCAUCAGUUUUGGCUUCACUUCAGUGAUGGUGAAUCUGACAAUGCAAGCAAGGAAGAUGAAACCACUGCGCCUACUGUUCUAGGUCUCGCCAGUGUCGGCGUCGGUGCUUUGACCAUGGUCGGUGGACAAGCAGUUGGAGCUAAGGGUCUCAUUGAGGGCAUCAUUCGUGUCACAGAUCUUUUCGGCAAUGAAACAGUCAGAAAGUGGGCAGCGCCUGUUUUAGGUGCUGUUACCAUCGGUAUGACUGCUUAUUUGAUUCUCGAACUACCCACCUCUAUUCCCAAGACGGUCGGAAGACGUAUUAGAGCUUCUGUUGUCCAUCUGCACGCAGAAGACCAAAUAUCUUUCGUCGAUGCACAUGCGUCGAGAAUCAGCCGUGAGACGAGGAAAGUAUUGCGUUUGGCUUCGUGGGAUCUGAGAUCAAGGUUCAACAGUGCCAUGGAAGAACGUGGAAAAGAGGUCAAAGUUAAGGAGGAGAUUGCAAAGAAAGCCAUCCGGGCAAUGGAAUGGUUUGGAGAACUUGGAAGGAAAAGUGAAGAAAUCCGUGUCAAUGCUCAUUUGGGGAUCGACAUGUGA